AAAUGCAUGAAGUUACUGUGAUUUGUCUACUAGUGUUUCUAUAUUCCACGUGUCAAAUUGCGUUUUCCGUGCCGAUUGUUGUGUCGGAAUUGAAUGGAGAGAAAUUUAGCGCUGCCCCCAACAACACUCCAAUCACCAAAGUGUACAUAUUCGGGCGGCCCGUCUACAUCCGUGAGCCAUUUGUGAUCCCGCAACGGGAUGAGCAGAUAGACUUUCCAAAGCUUAUCGAAGAUGCUUCUAGACAACGGAAACAUCGCGCUCCUUAUGUAGAUGAACCGGUUUUGGCGGCAAAACCGAAAUAUGCAGAACACAAGUAUCCGUUGAAACAGUGUUAUACAGAGACUAGUGGCUUCAUGUGUUGCAACCCAAAACUCGAAAAAGUGAUGUCAGAAACCGCUCUGAAAAUGAAAAGCUCAAAAUCUUGCAAUCUUCAAAAAAUGUCUUCAAUGCUUCAAGCGGCCAGUGAAAAAGCAUUCGGUACGGAUUUCGAAGCAAUCGCUGGAACCGGAGAUUUCGCGUCGAAAAUCCAUUUCUAUUCGGAUUUCGUGUGUAAAAUGGAGAGGGAAGGGAGGACAAUGCUCGUUUAUGCAACACCAAGUCGACAUAACUAUGCAAUGCCUUAUCAAUUGUAAUUUGAUAUGGGAAAUUAAGAAAAUGAGAAAUAAAAUAAAAAUUUUACAGU